AUGCAUUUGCACGUUACAUUUAAUUUUUGACUAUUUAAACAUUGCAAUGUGAUUUCCAGUAUUAUAGUUACAAUACUUUAUACUAAACAGCAUAAUAUUCUGUUUUUUCAUGUGAUUUAGUAUAAUUUUUGUCAGUUUCUGUUUAGAAAUUGGGUGCCUAUCUGAUAUCUGUUUAUGUGGGUGUGUCUCCUUAUUACCUUAAGCUGUUCAAAAUAACAUAAACAUGGUAUCAGUUUUACAAAAGUUUGGAUUACCCCUUUUUAUAAUUUUAAUAUCCUUCCUUACAAAAUGUUCAGCAUACAAUUGUUCAGUGCCUUUAAUUGUGAGAGGAGCCUGGUUUUCCUGGGAAAAUGGAAGAAAUACACUUACUGAAUUAGAUGCAACUACUAUGACUCGAAGGGGUGUUUGUGUAGCAAUGAAACAUGAUUUCCACGUGAAUUAUACUAUGGUAUUCAAAAGAGAUUCAUGUUUCACUUGUAUCAAAUUUGUUGUAAGGACAGUAAAUAUCUUGGACAAAAUGGAAACUAGUUGCAUUAAUCUACCUGAAAGUGAGGCUACAGUGGAGAAUGUUUGCAGAGUAUUAGAUUCGCAUCAACAACUAAUAACAUUAUUUUCUGAAAAUUAUGUACCAGUCAAUUGUCGAUCUUCUUUAGAAGGUGUGUGGAAUUUUGCAUACCAAAAUCGAUUUAAAUUUACUGGCGAAUGUCGACAUCCAGAUGCACAAAUUCGUUCUUGCCAAACUGCAGGAUCCCAGUUUCUUAUCACUAAUCAAAAAUUUAAUAUCACUUAUAAAAAAUGUGAGGGAAUGACUGGAACUUUUGAUGGAGUUGUCGAAUAUAGUUGUUUGGGAGAUUGGUUUGUUGGCAAGAACCACUACUUUGCAGUGGCCAAUACGAAGGAAUCUCGUAAAGAUGAAAAAUAUAGAUGCUUUCUUAAAAAUAGAGAUGACGACUUAUACAUCGGUGUUUCAAUAACUGCCGAGUGCAACACUUUGAAAACUGUUGAGAAAAGUCCUGAAAGAUUACGCAUAACUCCGGUGAAAUCGGAAGUUGUGGAACCCGGAUGUCGCUUGCCACAAAAUUUUACAGGACAAUGGAUCAACACUGCAAACAUAGAUGCUGACAUUUUUAUAAAUGAAACUCACAUUAUUGAAACGUGGUAUCCUGACGAAGGUCGGUACAGGAGAACAAUUUAUGUUUGCCGAGAACAAAGAGAUUCGCGGGUUAUGAUGGCACGAUUAACUGUAGAUGGAUGUCAAAAAGAUUACAUCUGCUUUGAUUUUGUACCUCAACACCACAACGUUAUUCGGUACAGAAGGGGCAUAGCAGUGAUCAAAGAUGAUUUCAGUACAGUAUGUUCUUGGGUCCAGUUCCAAAAUCAGGCAAAGUGGAAGUAUGACCUGUAUUUGAAAAAAAAUCCUGUUCCCAUUAGGUGUCCGGUAGCAGGAAAGUUUAAUUUUACUCAAAAGGGAGACGUUCCGUUUGUUACUCGUAUCAUUGGUGGAGUUACCGACAGCCCUCGUCCUAAUAUUUACUGCAAACAGAACAUUUCCGAUUUUUCGGUGUGCGAUUCCGAACAAAAGGAAAUUGCUAUUGAUGAGAACUAUUGCCUUUCAGUUGAUCAUCUUGGAAGACCUGUUGAUAUUUACAGCGAUCCCGAUUAUAAAAUGAAGUGUAUUGGUUAUUGGAAAGAAAAUCUAAAAUCCUAUCUAGUUACUUACGAUGAACUGGAUCCUUUGUCCAAAUAUCAUUGCUGGGUUUAUCAGAGAUCUGAUUUAAAUAGGGUUUUAAUGUCGCAAGCUAUUGGAUCGUUCUGCGAUUUGAAACAAGAUGUUACUUCGUGGAAUUAUACAGAGGGCGCAACUGUCUCUAUCGAAAUGCAGGAAUACGAGAGGGAACGCGAUCAGUGUCCCAUGCACUUUGAUGAUGGCACCAAUCCAUGGUUGGACACUGAAAAUUCACUUCAAGUGUUCCACUUCGGUUAUUACAGUGAAGGGUCAACUUUAUUAUUGAGGACUUCUAUAAGAGUGGUCUUAAUAUCAGUUUUGGUCACUGUUUAUUUCUUGUAAUUCACAUCAACAUGUAGUUAUAUAAGGGUUAAUUUGAUGCAAUUUUGCAAGUUACUGUUAGAUAUCUCUUUAUAAGGUUGUUAUCAUGAUUUUUUAAUAAGCACUGAACAUGUUGUACAAAUGUGUUUACAUUUUAGAGAUAUAUUGACAGACAUAUCAAAAUAUUAAAUAAGUACAGGGUAUCCAAGAAAGGUUGGGACGUUACUGCAGUGUGAAUAUUUAAAAGUAGAAUGGCAAUUUAUGAAAGUACUUUAUUGAAUAAGUUAUAACAAUAUUUAAACUACAAAAUGAAAUAUUCAUUUAUAAUUUAUUUUCAUCUAUGUGGCCAGCUGUAACUCUACUAACAGCCUGACAGUAAUUUUUUCAACUAACGUUCCUCAAUUUUAUUCCAAGCCUCUUGCAAAUGUUGCCAUAAAUUGGAUCGAAAAGUCAAAGCACGUUUGCCAUAGAAUACUACAGAGCUGUGGUGUGUCCCUACGAAAUUGAGGAACGUUAGUUGAAAAAAUUACUCCAGAGAAUGCCCAGAAUCUGUCAGGCUGUCAUCAGAGCUAAAGGUGGCCACAUAGAUGAAAAUACAUUAUAAAUUAAUGUCUUGUUUAAUAAAUGACGAUUCGUUUGUAUUUUAUAGUUUAAAUGUUAUAACUUAUUCAAUAAAGUAUUUUCAUAAAUUGUCAUUCUACUUUUAAAUAGUUCCAGAAUAAAUUCAAAAUUCCCGCUGCUUCCAAACUUUCUAAUGGUAGUGUAUAUUAUGAAACAUUUUAGAAAUUGUGUUCAUAUUAACUUUUUCUUAUUUUGAUGCAUAGAAUUGCUCCACCAAAUAUAAAAAUUAAAUCCUCAAACACCCUGUAUUCAGUGUCGACGAUAUAUCUGUUUUACUUAUAAUAUCUAGCAGGCAGGGUUAGGAGAUUAAAAUUUCACAGUAGACAAAAAUUAUUUAGAAAAUAAUACUGUAUAUAUUAUUCUCUGAUAUUUUAAAUAAUACAUUACACUCGAACAAACAAGCACUUUUAGAGUGAUAUUAAAAAACAUUGCUUCAUAAUACCACAUUCAACAACCAUAUCUUAAUGCACACAUUGACUUUUACAUUUAGGUAUGUUAGGUCUACAUCAUCUUUUUUGGGUCCAAGAAGUUUGUAGUUGGUAUCGCAACUUUUCCUAGGACAUCCUGUAUAUAUAUUUAAUUAUAAAUUAGAAAUGGGUCACAAUGUUCUAAUUCUAUAGGAAUUUUGAACUGAAUAUAGGAAAAUUAGGAAAUUUUCAGUACUAAAAACGUGAAGAAUUUCAUUGAUUUUAGUAGAUUCUAGCAUCAUUUUUUUAACAGUUUUUAUUUACCAAUUUUUGUCAAUAGUUAAAAAUAUUGUAAAAGCUCUAUGCCAUGUUUAGAUCAAUUACAGAUUUAAAAAGUAUAUUUCAUUCAGUCAAUAUUUCUAAGUCGAUACUACUGAAAAUUACCUAAUGUCCUUUUCCGUGUCAAAUAAUAGAUCUGAACAUAUAGAUUAAUUGAUCUGAUUUAUCAAUGACAGCUUUUUUUGACAGAGUAAAAUGACUAGUCCAUUUGAAAAUCUCUAUCUAUCUUUAAGUUUUAUACUCUUUGUUAACAAUACUUAUUUUAUUUAGUUGUAAAGCUAGCACCAAAUGAAGAUUACACUCCAUGAAAUUUUUACUGCACAGUGGUAUUUCAUUAUAUAUUUUUUAUAUAACUGUUUUUAAGAUAUUUUUUAAUGUG